CGCAGUGCACCGGCUCAGUAGCUGACGAGCGGUCAACGAGUCCGCAUGCAUUGAGUAUUUCAGUGACCGUUUCUCUUUGAUCUAUAAAACGCACGAGUAUUACUCUGUCUCUACGCUCGAAAACACAUUUAUCUAAUCAUCAUUAAAUAUCUUUAACGGAUAAGUAAAUCUCCUUCGCCAAUUCGUGAUUUGAUCAACUUCUUUUCACGUUGCGUAAUUAUCAUAUCGUAUAAAACCCAAAAAAAAUGAAUUUAUCAAAGUGUUCGACGAUAUCAAAAUAGUUGUUGUACUGUGUGACAGAAGAAGUGUCAUCUAUAAUUUCCCUUUACGCGACGUUCCUUGUUCAAAUCUUCGUUUUCUAACCAAUAAUUGGACUUAGUGCGAAAUUGUUAGUUAUCAAAAAAUGCCAACACAACUGAGCAAAUUCAUCGACGUACAGUGUAAGGAAUACUCGCAUCAUUGGACUAAUUCCUGCGUGGCUGCAGCAGCCGGUCUUGGCAUAGAUGCUAUUCCAGAAUGUCUAAAGUUAUAUGCUACCGUUUAUAUAGCUGCACUUUUAAUGAAAGGAAAGAUACCAUCUAAAGAAGAUAUUAAAAAAACGAUAUUGGGUCUUUUACAAUCAACAGCUUUCCUCUCAUGGAGCGGUUUCUCGUAUUCCGCAUUUAUUUGCAUUUUAAGACGAAUACUUGGAAACUUCAAUUUUCUGACUGUAUCAUUUCUUCCAUCCUUCUUAUCUAGUCUAACAGCUAUUGUUAUUGAGAGACCAUCAAGACGUCCUUUAUUAAGUUUAUAUGUAGCUAAUCUUGCAACAGAAACAUUAUUUAGAAUGGGCAUAGCAAGAGGUCAUUAUACUCCUAUUCCUCAAGGUGGAACAUAUAUUUUUGCUACAAGCAUAACAUUAUUACUUUAUUUUUAUCGUUCUAGACCAAAUAAAGAACCUUCCAUGUAUAGAAUAUUUAGAAUUCUUGCUGGAAAAUAUGAGGAGUGUGGUUACCUUGUAGAAAAAAACAAUUUGCAUUGUGAUACACAAAUAUGCUCUGCUGAUGAAGGUAGUGCUAGUGGAAGUUCAAUAGAAAAGCAUGGUGUAAAUAAAAAAUCUCAUAAAAAAAAACUUAAUAUAUUUAUGAAAUCCCUUAAAAUAUAUAGGAAAAUUAUAGAAAGAUUAAAACUUCAAGGAAAACAUAGUUCCUGUCCACAUCCUUUUAAUUGUGCUCAUUAUAUACUAAAGGGUGGCAUGGAAGUAUUUAGUUAUGCUCUAAGUGGUCAAUUAGCGAUUAAUCUGUUCUUUGGCAUGAAGAAAUUACUUACGAAACCACCUUUGAUAAAAUCAAUGAUUUUCAAAAAGAACAAUCUAAAUUUGCCUAUAUUUUUAGGUGGUUUUGCAGCUCUUUAUAGGCUAGUAUCCUGUUUGUUAAGAAGAUUCUUAAAAAAAGAUUCUCCUUACUAUGCAAUUCCUGCUGGAUUUAUUGGUGGUUUAACAUUUAUGUUUUAUAGUAAUAAUACAAUAGCUCUAUAUUUUAUGUGGAAAGCAUUGCAGUUGUCAUGGAAUGAUCUUGCGGAAAAAAAUGUAGUACCUGAAAUAAAGUGGUUUGUAAUCUUUUUAUACUGCUUUUGUACAGCAAUACUCUUUCAUGCAGCAAUCCUUGAGCCACAGCUCUUGAGGUCUUCUUAUUGGAAAUUUUUAUAUGCUGUAUCUGGUGGAAGAAUAGCAACAAUGUCUCGAGUAUCAUUAGACGCAUUUGGUUUGGAAUCAACUAAACAUCUUGCAGAUGUACUCAGAAAAACUAAUACUACUGAUAAGAAAACUUUUGCUUUUUAAUUGAAAAAAGAGAAUAGGAAAAGAAGGAACUAUAUUGGUAGUUGUUAUUAUUUAAGUAAAGUAUCGGGGAACUAACGAGAGAAUUCAAAUUGUUUGUUUCUGCAUAAAAAAAUAUAAAAGAAGUCUUAAAAGUAUG